AAAAUUUAAAAAUAAAAGACUUUUUUAAAACUCGGAGGGGUGGACGAAGAAAUAAACAAAACCCUAACGCAGGAGCGGUCCCUCCUCGCCCCGGUUCUCAGCCGCCGCACCUCUCCAACCAUGGCGUUCAAGCGAUACGUGGAGAUCGGGAGAGUCGCGCUCGUCAACUACGGCAAGGAUUACGGAAGGCUCGUCGUCAUCGUCGACGUUAUCGACCAGAAUCGGGCACUUGUUGAUGCUCCGGACAUGGUACGUUGCCAAAUGAAUUUCAAGAGGCUUUCCUUGACCGACAUCAAAAUCGACAUUCCCAGAAUCCCCAAAAAGAAGUCAUUGAUUGCUGCCAUGGAAGCUGCAGAUGUGAAGAACAAAUGGGAAAGCAGCUCAUGGGGCAGGAAAUUGAUAGUUCAGAAGAGGAGAGCUUCCUUAAAUGAUUUUGAUAGGUUUAAGGUCAUGUUAGCAAAGAUCAAGAAAAGUGGCGCUGCUCAGCGGGAGCUUGCUAAGUUGAAGAAGCAGAGUUCCUCGUGAGAACACUAUUUAGUUAGUUUGACACUCUUUUGGCAGCAGUCGCAGUGGAUCAAAACUUUUCAUCUGCUUGUCGUCAUUGUUUGAAUUCAGAAUUCUAGCAAUUUUUGUCUGUGUUUGCUGAGAUAUAUGACUCUGGUAGAUUUUGCUAGGCUCUUCUUUAAUAUGAUCAGUGGAUUAUUUAGUUCCAGUUUUCUGUCUCUGGUAACUGAAAAUUGAAGCUUUAAA